CAAGCUUUUGUUUGAAAGAUGGAUAACGAUGUUCUUACCACGCUAAAGAUCUUAAUUAUUGGAGAAAGUGGCGUUGGAAAAUCCAGCCUGCUUCUAAGAUUCACUGAUGACACAUUUGACCCUGACAUUGGAUCCACCAAAGGUAUUGACUUCAAGGUUAAAACUUUGACUGUGGAUGGAAACAAAGCAAAACUAGCAAUUUGGGACACAGCAGGGCAGGAACAUUUCAGAACACUGACUCCCAGCUACUACAGGGGAGCACAAGGAGUUAUUUUAGUUUAUGAUACAAGCAGCAGAGAGACGUUUGAGAAAUUGGAAGAAUGCCUCAAUGAAAUAGAAAUGUAUUCAACAAAAAAAGACAUCAUAAAAAUGCUUGUUGGCAACAAAAUAGACAAGGAGGGUCGUGAAGUUGAUAGAAAACAGGGAUUACAAUUUGCAAGAAGACAUUCCAUGUUAUUUAUUGAAGCAAGUGCAAGAACAAGAGAGGGGGUUCAACUUACUUUUGAGGAACUAGUAGAGAAGGUAUUUAAACCACCAGGCAAUUAA